UUGUGCUCCAUUUUGCAGCGUUCCGUUUUCUCACUCAUGACGUUCUGAGAUCGAAGACUUCAAAGAUACUGCAUGACGUCACAGUUAAGUAGAUUGAGAGAGCUGAGGUCAGUCGCUUUCACGUUUUCUCUUGAAGGAGCAACAUUAAAAGCGGUCUUCAGAGACAAGACAAAUAGUGAACAGAAGUAAUUCGACAGCCCUCGAGGAAAUGAAGCAAGACAGUGAAAGAGGGAGCUCCCCCAGUGCCACAUGCUGUGGGUUCUGGACCUCAUGCUGUCGCAGAUUCAUCGCCCUCUUCCGCAAGAGGGUUGGAGUCUAUGACAGCGAGUGUCGGGAUGAACAGAGUGAAAAGAAAGGGAGAAAGAACAUAAAGAAGCUUGUGAAGAAGAUAAGAAAACGACAGAAGGAGAAAGUGGACAAAAAAGCAAAGUCCACUAAAAAGGAAUGUAUGGAGCAGGUAGACCGCCCAAACCCAAAGACCACUGUGGAGGAGAACCUGCAAGAGCCUUUUAAGUGCAGCACCUCACCUGGAUAUGCUUUGGCAAAGAAAGAACACCAGGAGAAGAAAACUGCACCACAGAGACUGGUGCUGCUUGUAGAUCUGGCAGGGGUGCUCACAAUUUAUGUGAAGAACUGCAGAGACUUGACUGAAUUUUCUCAUAUAAAGACCCGAUCUUUAGCCGCUGUGAGGGUCACCUUUGAUAAGCUGAUCCAGAGCACGAAGCGGCAGCCGUGUACAGACCCCAUGUCCUUUAACGAGAAGAUCCACAUCUCUGUGCAGAUCAGCCAAAAAUCUAUUUGUGAGGAGGAGGAAUCCAGUUUCCUAAAGGUGGAACUGGUGUGUAUAGAUCCUCACACAGGUGACCUGAGAGUCAUGGGCAAAGACACCAUUGAGCUGCUGGAGAUACUGCAGAAACCAUCAUCUUCCCACAUAUUUCAUGUGAAGCUACAAGAUCAAGUAGUCUGCACGGUAGAGACUGAUCUUGUUUUCAACUAUGGCUUUAUGGGAUACGGAUAUUCUCACCAGAUACAAUUCACAAGAGAAAUAAAUAAGAGUCUGAUGCGGAAAUCCUGCUUUCUGCGCUGCCCCCCACCUGGAGAAAAGAGCGAGCCAGACGACAACAAGGCGACCACAUCUUCCACACUUCCCCCAGUGGAAUUUACCGCUUUAAUACAGCCAGACGCAGGGAAAGAAAGCACGGACAAAGCAGAAAGCCUGGUGGAAGUCACUGUAAAGAGGAGAGGCAGGCUUCCACGACUGAACAAAGCCUGGAAGAACUGUGAUAGUUCAAAGGAAAGGUUGCAGUUCUUGGAAAGAUUGAUCCUGAGGAAGGGCCGGUUUGCAUAGAAGAAGAGAGAAAAAAAAAAGGGGGAGAUGGUAACCAAACCAAGUCAAAGACGUUAGAAAGAAUGAGGACGAAAUGUCCCGGCCUGCUUCCCAUUGCCACCAUCCUGACCUGCAAUCCCCCUGACCAGGCCAGUACACCAAGCUACAAUUAAGAGUCCUCU